AUGUCAUCACUCCAACUUCUAGAAUGUCCUUCGUGCGGCAAGGGCAGUUUCAAGGACCAUGUCGCUGUCACUCGACAUAUGAGCCAACCUCGCUCUGGCUGCAAUACUUGGCUGCAGAAUCUGAUAUGCUUGGAUGAACUGAAUAAUCCCGUGAAUAUGGACGAGUCAGAUGACAGAGUAAAUAAUUCUGACAUGGAGUCCAGUGGUUUUGAAAAUUGGGAUGAGGUGUUCCAAGGGAGUAGAAUGGAGGACCAGGUUCAUGACGAGCGAACACCAACUCGCGAUUCGGAAGUUAUGGACUCAUAUCCUGACUGUGCACAAUCAUACGGCAGGGGUUACAUGUUCCUGGACUUAUUCAAUACGGACGAGAACAGCAAACACCGUGUUACGAAUCCAUAUUAUCCUUUCAGUGGCCAGAGAGACUGGGAGAUAGAUAGUUUCCUUUCGCUCGAGAUGAUAAAGACCCUUCCGUUGUUGUUCAGUUCGGCCAAGGAACUACGCGGCAGAGCGGAAAUGUUACCCAGCGGUCCACGCUGGAUGUCUCAAACAAUACCUACAAUGCAUCCCACGAAAUUGCCUGUUGUCUUGUAUUGGCAUGAUCCCUUAGAUUGUGUUUCAAGUCUUCUCAACCACCCUGCCUUUCAUGAUGAGCUAGACUUUACACCUCACAGGGUGUAUACCACUGCGCAGCGGCUGUGCCAUGUAUAUUCGGAAUGGAUGACCAGCGAUGACGCGUGGAAUAUGCAGUCAGCCCUACCAAGAGGUGCAACACUCCUCAGGACCAUUUUAUCUUCUGACAAGACGAAUAUAUCGACCAUGACGGGCGACAGAGUUGCACACCCCCUUCUAGUUAGUCUUGCUAACAUACGCAUGUCCACACAACUCAAGUCGUCUUCGAAUGCCUUUGUACUCACCGCUCUACUUCCUGUCCCAAAAUUCAUCCAUAAGAACAAACGCAUGCGAGGCGUACUUGAAGAUCGCCUCAUUCACGAAUGCUUGGAUAUCGUUCUACGUCCACUCAAGUUGGCCGCUCGCGAAGGGAUCAUGCUUUCAGACCCUGUUGGACACAGUCGCUAUUGCUUUACACCGCUCGUGAGCUAUAUUGUUGACACCCCGGAGGCCAUGAUGCUGGCCGCUGUUGGCGGGAAAACCUCCCCAGUCACUACAGCCAUGUACAAACAGUUUGAAGACCCCUUUCGUCAUCAGCCUCGCACAGGAGCAACUACACUCUCCCAGCUGGACAUUGCACGGAGUAAAGCUGAUCCCAACGACAUUGAGGCAUUUUUUCGCGAAGCACAGAAGUUUCGUUUGAAUGGCGUGAAUGCACCAUUCUGGCUGGACUGGCUCCUCAGUGAUCCAUCGCAUUUUCUAACUCCCGAAUUUCUUCACCUCAUUCAUCACGAGUUCUACGACCACGAUGCGAAGUGGCUCAUUUGCGCAGUCGGGCAUACAGAGAUUGAUUUUCGGUUUUCUGUCUUGCAGGUGAUCACUGGGUUCUGUCAUUUUUAUGGCGGAAUUUCAAAGCUUAAACAGGUUACAGGACGCACUCAACGCGACAUUCAGCGCUCAAUCAUUGCAGUCAGCGCAGACGCAGUUUCUAACACUGUGAUGACUGCCAUACGAGCUCUGAUGGACUUUCGGUACCUCGUACAAUCACCCGUAAUUGACGACACCCUACUCACUCAGAUUUCCAUGGCCCUUGAAGAAUUUCACCGCAACAAAGAUGCAAUUAUUGAGGGUGGAUUUCGUCGUGGUCAGCGUGGCGGAGUCAUUGAGAACUGGUAUAUACCAAAGCUAGAGCUCAUGCAGUCGAUAGUUCCAAGCAUAAGGAACACUGGAGUUCCUCUGCAAUGGACUGCCAACACCACGGAGCAUGCGCACAUAACGGAAAUCAAAGAUCCUGCUCGCUCAAGCAAUAACAACAACUAUGAUCCCCAAAUAUGUCGCCAUCUUGACCGUGCUGAUAAAUGCCGCCACUUUGACCUUGCUAUGAGUCUGCUCAACAAUAUGCCAGACUCAAAGCAGCACAGUUCAGAUGUAGAUGUCGAUGAAAAUGUCGAUUUCGAUGCAGACGACGAUCAUGAUAUCCCAAUAGACCUUCUGGCAAUGAUCAAAUACCCUGGACAUUCACGUCCAAUCACGAAUUACUUCGGAAUCGCCAAGUUCCUCCAGUACAGGGAAAUUGGGACGGUCCCUAUGCCAUUGCGUUCAUUUGUUGUCGAACGCACAGGAUUUCACUUCGCUUAUGACCCCUCCAUUAGAAAGAUAUCUGUUGAUGAUGCUGCCAUCAAGUUUGACCUUGCUGACUUAUGA